AAAAAUUAAAUUUAAUAAAUUAAUGGCAACUUUAUUUAAUUCAGUACAAUUCUCUUCAUUUAUCUCAUUUACAUUUUUAAUUAUUUUAAGCAGCGUUUCUGCUUAUUAUCCAGUUUACAAUUUUGACGAAAACAAAAACGAGGCUGUAGAUACAAUAUUAACACGUCCCCAAAAUCUCUACCGACGUUUUGCUCCAAUGGCAAGAGGGGCAUUUGUUAGCCCCCUUUUUGGUUAUCGUUUUCUUUCUUUGGAUCCGCCAUCUAAUACUUUACAAGAAGAGCCUGAAAUUAAUGAAAAUACCGAGAAAGGAUCGCCAACUAAACGAAAUUUUUAUACGCAUAUUUGGCGUGAUAUUGUACAAAGAAUGCCUGCUUAUCGAGAAAAUGAUGGCCGUAGACUUUUUCAAUCUGUUGAGGUGAUUUUUGAUUUAAUACAAAUUUUAAUAAAUAUGUAA